AUGCUUUUUAAAUUACUUUGGUACUUGCUGGUUGGUGCACCCGUUCUUGUUUGCUGCUCAAACAGCAAACUUGAGCAACUAGAUACCGACACGUUGGCAUUCCCUGAGCCUCUUACCGCUAUUAACUUCGAUAUGGAAAUGUCAAAACAUCUACAUCUGGUUGAAUUUUAUAGUCCGUACUGUCACCACUGCAAAGCUCUUGCCCCAACGUGGGAGAAAACUUGGCGGACGUUUUUUAACGAAGGACGUAAGCUGAACAUCUCACUGGUACAGAUCAACUGCGUGGAAAGCGGCGAUCUUUGUGCUAGAGAGAGGAUUAACUCUUACCCUGCUAUCAAACUUUAUGGGCCAAGCGGCUUCAUAAAAGACUACCCUGACUCUUUGAAACGGACUUCAGAAGCGUUGAUUAACUUUGCCCGUCAAGAAGCAUUAAAUGUGGAUAACUUUGAUUCAACUCUACUUGAAAGUCAAAGCAUUUCUUUGAAAGGUUCAGAGCUUUUACGUUUAUUAGCUGGUGCCGCUGAGAAAUCGUAUUUGGUCUCAUUUUGGCCAUCAUCCAGUCUUGAUAGGCCAGACAAUAGUGACGUUGCAUUUGAAAAGUGCAAUGUGUGUCCAGCUUUUCAGAAGACCUGGACUGUCAUUUCCAACAAUCUUCCAAAUGAAGGCUAUGUGACUGCCCACGUUAACUGUGAAACUGAAAGAAUAGUUUGUGAAGAACUAGGAUUCAAUGAUUUAGCUGAACUAAGGAACCACAGACAAAACAGAGCGCCACGAGUAGCUCUUAUUGUCCCAAACAAAGAAACGAAUAAUUUUUUUCCCUACACUGGUGGAGAUCAGAGCGUGCGUGCUAUUGAGGACUUUGCACUACGAACAAACGCCAAUGCUCAAAUACCUGACGUUGAUGAAAAAGCACUGAGGGCCUUGGUGUCUGAGUUCCAGCCGAUCAAACAAACUGCUGAAGAAAUAGAUACUACCGUUCAUGUUGUCUUCAAGUAUGACGCGGGUACCGUUGUGCCAGAAGACUUUGACAUUCUCGAACAACUUAUUGAGCCGGUCUCGAAAAUUCCCAACACGUAUCUGCACAAAAGCACAGAUGAUUUGAAGCAACUUUCGCACGAUCUAUAUACUGAUCUGUACCAGGCAGUGAAUCAGCUCCCAGAAGAACGCGAUAUAUUUCCAAAUGAGGAAUUUUUUACCAUGACUACAUUGACGCAGUAUCCAACCUUUUUCAUCUUCAAACAGAACGGCCUGAUUCCAAGUGUAUUUCAUGGCUACUCAACUACCGAAAUGCGCAAUUUAGAGCUCAUUUUAGACUGGAUUAAUCGAAAUACUCUUCCUGUGAUAAAUGAGCUCACCCCCACGACAUACGAAGGGCUAUUGAACUUUUUUCCGGACUGGUAUGAGUACAUGACCAUCAUGUUUGUAGACUCAAGCGACAAUGAGUUGUCCCAGAGCAUGAAGUUCAUCAACGAUUGCAUUUUAAGUACUUACGAUUUUGAGUCUGUUCGAAGCCAAAACUUGAUGGAAGAAAUAAGGAGACAGAGGUCUCGUAAAGCUGAAGAGGUCGAAAACUUGACAGCAAAGCAUGCCACGUCUUCAAGCAUUGUUGAUAAAAUGCGCGAAGAAAUUGCCCACGACGAUGGUCAUCGGGUUCUCUUUGCAUUCCUCGACCUAGCAAAAUACAGAUCACUACUUAAUGACGAAGGCCUGAGAGCGGGCGGUCGCCAUUACCAAAACGGGGAAGUUAUUAUCAUAGAUAAGAAGACGACUUUAAGUUUCUACGAAAAUGAUAUUCAGGGAAACAUGCUGACGAUGAGAAACCCAUCAGGUUUAAAAGAAACUUUAUCCACGUUGGUGUUUCCCUCCUCUAUUGGAUCCAACCCGAUAGUUGGGACGAAAGUCGAUAAGAUUCAGGCGCGUUUGUUCUCAAUCCUCGGUUUAUUCAAGGGACCCGGCAUUGUCGGAUACCUUCUCGUUUUCAUCCUUAUUAUCCUUGUAACCAGGCUUCCAACAUUGACGAGAAAACUCUCUAUUGCACGCAAGUACCGGAAUCGCAGAGACGUCACUGGCAUUUUAGGGAGGCAAAAAUCCAAGGAUUGA